AAUUACACUUUUUAUUUGAUAGCUAUUUCCAAUUUUACAUGUAUUCUGUGACGAUAUAAUUUCAUAUUGUAUGGGAAUAUUUUCCAAAGAGCAAUCAGGUGCUUAUCUUCCAUUUAUGGAUUUGAAAAUCUCUCCCUGUAAUACUUUGUAUAUCAAGUUUUGUUGGAAAAAAAUGUAUAAGAUGCCACUUUGAAGUUCAGGGAAAUCCUCUGCUUUCUUCUCAAAGGUCUUUCUUGAAAUAUUUAAACUCUAAAGUUUCCAGGCUAGCAGCGAAAUAGACAUGUGCAGAAGAUGUCUAUCAACAGCUCUGUUCUUUUUCUAAUUGGUGAGUUCAAGUGCUUCUGGGUGCUCAGACAGAUACACAGAUUUUGUACUGACAAGUUGAAACAGAAACAGUGUGGAUGGUUAUUGAUAACUUUCAUUAAAGGUAUAAAUGAAUUCCAAGAAUAAUUUGGCAAAAAAAAUAGAGAGGGUUUCUGGGAGUGUCAGACAGCUGUUGAGAACAGCACCAGAUGAAAAUUUGCAAAAAUAUUAUUGACAGUUUGCAUUUGUGCAGCUCCUUUCAAUUGAGGAUCUCAAAGUAAUUCAUCUGAAAAUCUACAAACAUUAAUUAAUUGAGUCUUAGCACAUUCCGGUGAAAUAGGUGUCUCUAUAUUAGCAUCUUUUAAUACAUGGGGAUACAGAGGCUGAGAGGUAAAGUACGUGGCCAAGGCCACACAGUGUCAUUGAAAGAAUUGCAAAUAGAAUUGAGAGUCUUCCAUUCAUCCUCUCUUCUGAUUAGUAGAAAAUGUAAUUAAAUAUUUGAGGCAAGUUUAUCUGUGAUCAUUUGAUUCUCUACUUUUCCACAAAAUUACACAAACUCAAAAAAAAAUAAAUAAAAAAUCCAUGUGUACAUUACACACACGCUAUCUCACUUAGGUAAAUGCAUAUCUAAAAGGGAAAGAAAAAAAGAAAACAAAUCCUUAAGUCAGAAAAUCAUGCAGCAAGGAAGGCUUUUAUCUGGCUCAUGAAUAUUUGCCUAUGCACGAAUCAAAUAAUGAAUAUACUUCUCUGUAAAGACCUGAAUGAUUCUCUCUAACAUUAUUACGUAUGCCUUUGGUACUACUCACAUUGUAUGAAAAGUAUGUUCAAGAUUUUGUUCUGUAUUACUCUUUGACAGCCUACAGUAUUAGGAGUUACAGUAGAAUAGAGGAGGAUUUAUAAUUAAUCAUUCUGUUCACUUAUUAAUUUUAAAAACAGUCUGAACUACAAGUUUUGAAAGUCAUAUUUCAGUAGUAGUUUUAUGGCAUCAGGAAGGGAUUUUAAAAAUGUAAGGAAAUGUGAUGUUUGGAAGUCCUGAAACAGAAAUUUCAAUGUAUGCAAUACAUAAACAAAAGCUCGGCUUUUAAUAUAUAUUGUUCUUCAUAAAGAACAUAAAAUAAGUUACAGAGAGUUCACUAAGAGAGUCAGCUAUAUAAAUAAGAUCUUGUUUUAGGUUAAACCCAAUAAAAUUCCACUUAAACAAAAAUAUAAUGAAAAAAUCGCCCUCUUUUUCUACAAAACAUACACAGAAAAUUCUUGAAACUUACACUGUUUGCAGUUUUAAACUGUUUUUGCAGGGGGUCAAUAUUUCUUAAAACUCUUCUCUGCACUCCCCCCAUAUUUUUAAUUGUAGUGGUCAAUCCUUUACCCAGUGAAGUCAUCAGCUUCAGUAGAAGCAGGAUUGGGCCCCAGUUGUUUACUCUUAAAAUAGGUUCAAAAAUUUAUACCUCAAAACUCAACACUGCAAACCAAAAAUGCUACACAUAUGCUACAGGAAAAGUUUUAAGGUGCUCUGUCUUAUUGUUUAUAUUUGUGCAUUUAGCUAACAGCAAACUAUCUUUAGUCUAGUUCAUCUGGCACUUAUGAAAUAUACAAGUUAUUUUAACAGAACUGCUUGCAUGAAUACGACAGGCAGGAUUUGGCUCAGUAUGUAAUUCAUAUCUGUUUAAAUGACCAACUAUUGCUCUUGAUUAAUGGUUCAAAACACUGUGUAGUUACUUAAAAGUCCAUGAAAAGCCAAAUAUUUCUCUGCAGCUUUCUCAGGUAUAUUAAAGGAAAAUCCAUUGUAAGUGUAAGUCUAAAGCUACUCUUAGUUAUGUACUUUAAAUUAUUUCAAGAUACCUAAUCAGUUAGCCUAAUGUUUAACAGCAGCACAGUAUAACCAAGGCUGUCAAAAUGCUAUGUAACUGCCAGAAAACACAUAUUACAUAAUUCAUAUUUAAACACUUGUUAAGAUUGUCAAGCGGGGGAUAAGGUGGUGGCUACAGAAGCCAUUCAUCAGCCAAUUCAGAUCUAUUGCUUAUAAACUUGGAAAUACUUUAUUCAAAACAGUUUAACUGAAGUUAAUGCUGAACAGUUCCCUGUUCACAAUCCUUAUGAUUCCACUAAAUGCAUACAAGGCCAAGGUGCUUAUUGGAAUGCAGUAGCAGUUUACAUCUUUGACGUCAAUAAUUGCUUAAUCAUGCAACUACAAAAGAGGGCAUUAGACAGUGGAUGACAUUUUGUUGGAUGUUAGAUAUUCCGUAUGCCCAUAUAAAUUGCUCAUGAUGCAACAUCUGCAAAGAGCAUAGAGCUUUCAGUCACUAAAGAAUUAUUUUUUUAAAAGACUCGUUUUGUUUUGGUUCAAAGUGCUUGUUUCUCUAAUUCUCUGCAUUGUCUAUAAACUAAUAAAAUACAGCCAUCUAUAGUUUAUUAAACAAAAGGUGGGCAGAGGGAGACAGUACCAUGAUAGUUAUGUCUUUCUGCUACAGCCAGUAUUCUCUUUUUUUACAUUUACAGACCAUAUUAAUUUUACUCAUUUACUUGUGUUCUGCACCUCUCUGUUGCUGUUAGUAUACAAAGGGUCUGCUCCUGUAUAUCUUGCAGAGUAUUGGAUGUGCAGGAUUGAAACUCAGUGGAAAUAUAUAACAGACUCUCUAUCAAAAAUGGCUUAACUAAAAAGUCAGCUUUUUCCUGCAAUAUUUCUUAAAAGACACCAAGGGAAAAAUAAAUGAAAGGAGCAAAAGCCAACCUCUUUUCUUUUUAGCUGUCGUUAAGGAGAUCCCUUGAAAGGGUCUAUAAGAUGAUUUCUUGCCCAGGCAAUGCAAUGAUGUCUGUGUAUAAUAUUCCUAUUAUCAAAAUAGUUAAAGGAAAUUUAACAUAAGAUGUAUCCAUUCACGCACAAAGAACUCAGCCCAAGCUAUCAAAACUUGGGAAGCCUACAAAAGUGACAAAAAUAAUAAAGGUCAGAAAAUUAGAAAUGCUAUUUUUUUUUAGAAAAUAAAAUAAAAUAACUUAGCUUUUUGGGGGAUAUUUGUUGCUUCUGGAGUCUUAGAUGGGUUUUUUCCCCCCCCAGGAAUAUUUCAUGGGCUGCAACAUGUUAGAGUAGGAGGCUGAAGGUAACCCUGGUAAGUAACAAUUAGGUAAAUCCUUUUAAAUCCAUGAUAAUGAAGUAAAACAAAAAACACUAAAGUUGUAACUUUUGUUUAGAUAGAUUUUUUUUUUUAAAAUAGUUCAAGUGCUAUUAGUCCUUGCCUUGUAAUUGAAAUACUUUCUUUUUUAAUUGUGGCAAAGCUGAAUAUCCAUUGACAGCUUCGAAAUAUUUUUAUGUAGUAUACAAAUAGAAAAUAUUAAUCUAAAUAUACUUUAGAUGCAGAGAAAAAUGCAUAAAAAGAUCAAAGCCUAAAGCUAGAGCAGCUGGGAAUGGUAUUUAUAUGAGGGAUUUGUAUUCGUUUAAAGGGAAACACACAACGAAACAGAGAAAUUGAAGUGGUGGUUGACCUAUUCAUUUUAUUUGGUAUUUCGGACUAGUCCAGUGUGGGGACUUUUAUAGGGCUCAGUUUUCUAGUCUUUUUAAAUACCAACAUGAAGUGCGGCAUGAUAAUCUACCACUGGAGGGAGUCUGGGAGCUUUCAAACAGCUCAAAAGCACCGGGAAAACGGCGAGCCACACUGGGAGACUGAGUGGGCACGGUGAGAGAGGUUUUUAUUGAAGCAAAAGAAAAUACACUAGCGCCGGCACGAUUUCAGUCCAAAACUAAAGGUGCUUGGGUCAGAAGAGACAGGAAUACUUGAGAGGGAGCUGGGAGGGGGAUCCCCUUUGGUAAUAUAGCCUGAGUGCUGUGACACUUCGCAGGCAAUGCUUCCUUCUGUCCACAGAAAAAGAGCAAAGCCCUUGUCCACAACUAUUGUCCCCUUCAGCCAACCUCUUCCAGAGGCUUUUGCAAACUUCGGAGCUAAACGGGGGGUGGGGGGCGAACAAAUGGAAGGUAAGAGAACGUGUGUCUGUAUAGACACAACACACCCCUUUAAAUUAGGGAUGGAGAAGCUCACCUGAUCUAAACUUCCUGCCAGUGCAGCAUAGCACGUACAGCUGGUGCAUAGUGAUGGCAUUUCUGCCCUUUGAGAGAUGUUAAUGAAAUAGAGCAGAGUAGUUCCAUUAUUAUUAGCUCAUCCUCAGAGUUUACACGUAGAACUUGCAGUGUUUUUUGGCGGUUCAUUUUGCCGCAUUAACACCAGCUCCGCCGAUGCGGGGUUACAUUUGUCUGGUAAUUGUCCAAUGAGAUAUUUGCAGGACACGCCCAAUUAUAAACUCUCGCUUGAAUAAACUACUUUAAAGACACACACAGCCGUUUAGCAAGCCAAAAUGCAAUUGUUGGAAGAAGAGGAUUAAAGGCAAAACACAGCAGAGGAGAAUCUGUUUUCCAGACUGCUAAACAACCGUCCGAUUUUAAUUUGAUUAUGUAAUAUUUAAGAUUAGCGUUGCAAUUUUGCAAACCAAUUCAAUUGAUCCCGUCACAUCUCAUCCAGUAACAGCUGAUGUCAGAUCCUCGGUGGCGUGUAAAUCAUAUAUUUAAAUCUAAACUAAGUGAUGAAGGAGCUUUAAUGCACGCUUGAAUUAUUUUCUACACUCUUUUCAGUGACAGCUGUCCACUCUUAAGAUUGAAUUUAUGGGCGUGUAUGUGAGUGAGAGAGGACCCCUAGACAGAACCUGGGUUGAAAUGGUUACAUUUAGCAGUAAGGCCAUACAGGGACCACUCGGAUCUCCUUGUAAUUCAAUUAAUCAGGUUUCAGGAAGGUGAGGCUGGGUAAAUUUUUUGGCAUGGGGUAGGGGAGAAUAAGGAAACGCCCCUUUUCUCGCGUUGUAAACCAAUCCGGGUACAGUAAAAAAAAGGGGAAAAAAAGCAGUCUGUAAGCAAACAGCAGGCUGUGCCCUGACUGGCUGCGCCGGCACAUCCCCCCCCUCCCUUGCUCAAGUAAACUGCAUGCAAAAAUCCCACAUGAUCAACCAGCAGCGCCUGUGCUCCGAGCUAGAUGUCUGCGCCUCCUCCGUGCAUCUAUUCCUCGCACACACCAGCUUCCAGAUCUCUCUUCUGACGCACACGCAUGUGUAUGUAUGUGCGUGUGUAUAUAUCUAUAUACACAUACCGUGUAUAUAUCUAUGCAGCUGUCUGUUGCACACGCACAUGCACACAGACACCCAGGGCACUAGACUCCUAGAUUUUCCUAGGCUGCUGAUGUCGGAUUUACAGGCAGAGAAGGGACCAGCGUUGCAAAAGGGGGCGUGACAGUUUAAAUAUCCCCCCUCCCAAACAUUUUUUUUUUUUUUUUGCAAAACUGAUUUGUCCCCCCCCCACCAUCCCGCCCCCCGCGCCGCUGCAUUCAAGUGUAUUUGCUCGCCAGGGCGGAAUAUUUUUUUCUUCAGAGGGAAAAGCUGCCGGGCAAGACCAAGACGAAGGCUUGAUUUGUUUUCUGAUGUAGUCUCUGAGGGGCGCUUGCUUUCCUCCUCCUUCCCUCGCUCUUUCAAACUGUUUCGUCCUUCUUCCCAAGCCGCUGGUUCAGGGAUGGAGCCCGCUUCAGUCUAACGCAGGCACUCCGGGAAGCCGCAGGAGGCGAUUCCCGCGGCUCCAUCGCGUUCCCUGCGCAGAGGCGGCGGCUCGACACCAGCCUCGCCGGAGGAGUUUGGGGGCGUUCAGCUUCCCCGUCUGCGGGGCUCGGCCGGGUUUACAGGCUCUCCUGCAACAGCCGCGUUUCCCUCGGCUCGCGUCCCGCGCCGCAGGCCGGCUUGGAUCGGCCGCUGCUUGUGCCUUUGCUGUGGCUCGGUCCGCGGUGCAUCCCGCGCCCGGGAACAGGAAGGACAAGAAACCCACCCCAGCGAGUCUCCUCCAACCAAGACGCGCUCUGCGGCACAGCGGGCUCCCCGGCUCCAUCCGCGCAGCGGCCGGACUCCUCGGGGCUCGCUUGCUGCCCCUCGGGAGUGUGUGGCGGGGGGAGCCGCAAACUUUGUACUUGCUGCACGGGUUCGCCUCCCGCCCGGCCCAGCUGCCUGGACGCAUUCCCAGGGCCCCGGGGGGGAGGGCGCGCGGGCGAAGAUUUGUUGCUGCUCUUGCCGCCCCCCCCCGCGUCCUCGCGCGCUCACCUGAACCGGCUGCCGCUGCCUCCGGAGCCGGAGGGCUGCGAAGGAAGGACGGACCUGGAGUCCCCUCCCCGCAUGCGCCACCAGCCACCAAGUAACUUUGCGAGAGGCCGGCGAGCGGUGCCUUGAGAGGAGCCCCCCGCCUAGCGCUAGCAGCCUGCCGGCGCCGGUGUAUGUCUCCUCGUGGGCUCCGCGCUGGACUCCCGGUGAAUGUUCCCCGCCCGCCGCCCGCUGCUGCUGCCGCCGCCCGGCUCGGCUCCCACCUCCCCCUGCCGGGGUGACUAAGCUCCAGCGGCUCCCGAAGGGACCCAAGCCCACCCUAUCGGGGGGGGGGGCGCGUCUUGCUGCGGCUUGUCAGGGCAGCCUCCGUGUGGCCCCCUCCCUGCCCUUUCUGUGACUUGACUGCCUGAGUGGGCCGGGACUCCGCGAUGUUGCACGUGGAGAUGUUGACGCUGGUGUUUCUGGUGCUCUGGAUGUGCGUGGUCAGCCAGGAGCCCGGCUCCAAGGCGGUGGCCGAUCGCUAUGCCGUCUACUGGAACAGCACCAACCCCAGAUUCCAGAGGGGUGACUACCACAUUGAUGUCUGCAUCAAUGAUUAUUUGGAUGUGUUCUGCCCUCACUAUGAGGAUUCAGUGCCAGAAGAUAAGACUGAACGCUACAUUCUUUACAUGGUGAACUUCGAUGGCUACAGCUCCUGCGAUCACACCUCCAAAGGAUUCAAGAGGUGGGAAUGUAAUCGGCCUCAUUCCCCGAAUGGACCACUGAAGUUCUCAGAAAAAUUCCAGCUCUUCACACCUUUCUCACUAGGAUUUGAGUUCAGGCCAGGCCGGGAAUAUUUCUACAUCUCUUCUGCAAUCCCAGAUAAUGGAAGGAGGUCCUGUCUAAAGCUUAAAGUCUUUGUGCGGCCAGCAAACAGCUGUAUGAAAACUAUAGGUGUUCAUGAUCGUGUUUUCGAUGUUAACGACAAAGUAGAAAAUUCAUUAGAACCAGCAGAUGAUACCGUACAUGAGUCAGCCGAGCCAUCCCGCGGUGAGAAUGCAGCCCAGACACCGAGGAUAUCCAGCCGACUUUUGGCAACCCUAUUGUUCCUCCUGGCGAUGCUUUUGACAUUAUAGCACAUAUAUUCCAGUAACCUGUCACAGAAAACAUCAGGGUCUUGGAACAUCAAAGAUCCACCUAACUGCUCCUCCCAGGAAAGGGACUUUAUAUUGGUUUUGCAGAUGUCAAAUUUUUGGGGGAGGCCGGGAGGGAUUGUUUGUUUGUUUGUUUGUUUUCCUUUCAGCCUGAACUAUGAGCAAGAAUUUGAGGGGAAUAACUAGUUUCAGUUCCCAACCUUCCCCAUGACUUUCCUUGACCCCUCCAAAAAUCAAAGGACUCAUAAUGAAAAUGCCAAAUUAUAACAGUGAUACUAGUGAUUCUUAUUUUUCUCUUCAUUCUCCUUUAAGAAGUCACUUCUGCUAGCUCACUGUGUCAUUUGUAUGUGGAUCCAGAAGAAUAGUGGCAGAUGCAGUCAGUGAAGGAUAAGGAACCUGAGUGGAAGCCCAGGAGGGUUUUACUCUCCAAUACAAUAUUUAUGCCUUCUCGUUCAGUACUGUAAGAUGAUCAUGCAAGGCAUCAUGUCAUCAUGUCAGAACUGGAGGGGAAAUAUUAAGAACAGAUACAACACUAUUUCCUCUAGGAGUUUCUAAAUGAACAGGCUUCUAAAAGGAAGAGACAGUUUCUUAUAAGACUGUCUUGAAACAUCAUUGACAGUAAAAACCUGUGCUCCAUAAUAGAAGUUCUCUUUAGAAAAAAAAUAUUAAUAUUUAGGAAUGUUAGCACACAGCAAGCAAGGUCAGAUUUAGGAAACUUCACUGGGGGUGCGAGUGCCUCUGUUGUUUCCAUUUAAGUGGGUAGUGCACACCAGAUUAUUUUCUUUCAAAACAGAUCACCAUGGUGCUACGAUAUUUUUUUCUUGAAAUGCAAAGAGGCAUUUUUUUGUGAAUAAAGUGACCUUCCCCAGGGCUGACUUAGUAGCUGGUAGCCUUGUAUGCAGCUCUGGGUGACAAUAUGUUCUAAGGAGAGGACUUCAGUGGUCAGAGGAAACAUGUUUGGGACACAGGAUAUCCAGUGUGUUCUUGAUUUGUCUCCCCUGCAAGUUCCACUAUCAUGGGAAUAAAAAAAAGCCAGAAGAAGCCAGGACAGCCAAUCGGCAUUGUUGGGGGGGGGGGGGGGGUAAGGAAAAGUGUUUGAAAGUAAGGAAUACAAAUUGAAGUGUUGAUUUUAUAUCUUCUCCCUUUCCAACACAGUUUGAACAGUAGAGGAAAUAUGUUUAUCAGCAGGAGAUAAACCAGAUGGGCUCCCAAAGACUUUAACAAAAUAUUUUUUUAAAAAUCCACUAGAAUAGAAAAUACAUUAUUUAGAUAUACUUUAUGCUGAGAGUGAGUAUAUAUGCUUGUCCUAUUUAAACGUGAGAAAAGUGGUAACCCUUGAUGCAAUUAGGAAUAUGGGAACUGUUUUGUUUGAUGAAAUUGGGGGGUGACCCUGUUUAAGGAAUCUGAGCAUGGCCAAGAAAGGACUUGAGAAGUCAUUCACCAGGAAAUGCAAGUCUUGGGGUUACUAUUGGCGAGGCUGCCAUGAUCUUUGAAAUCUGAAAUAUAGUCAGGGAAAUGUGUCAGGCCAAUAUCAAAACAAAGCAUUUCAAACAAAAACUGAUGAUUAUGAUUAUGUUGAAUGUGAAAAAAUGGAACACAUUCCAACAAAACAAGGGAUUUUAUGUAUUAGUUAAAAAUUAAUAGGGGUUGUUAAUGGGCUUCAUUUUGUGAAAAUGAUUAUAAAUUACAUUAAAUUAAAUUAAAAAGAGCUGCUUCCUAGAAUUUUGAACAGUCCAUGAUUCAAAAAAGAGAAAAGGAAAUUGUACACAUGUUAAACUAAAAUGUGGGGUUGCCUGAUACUAUACAGUAUGGAUAUUGAUGCAGAAGCUGCCCUUGAGAUAGAAUCAAGGAAAUUCUACUAAUAUUGAACACACAAAAUCAAAAAUCACAGUCUAGACGCUGAAGAAAAUCACCAUUUCGUUACGAUAUAGUCAAUACAUUUCUCUUUCUCCAGCAUGUAUAGUUGGAGCACAUGCUAACGUUUCCUUCAACUAAGAAUUACAGAACUUUGGGGGAGGUGGGCUUAAGGAUGAAAACACACCUUAUAAUAGACAGCGAUAAGAUAAUAUUGCUAGGUAAGCAUAUUUUAAAAGAUUCACAUUGGUUGCACUUAGUCAUACUUAUAUAAAUAGUGCUGAUUUUAUUUCAGAAGUGAAUUUCAUUGUGUUCUAUCAUUUGUCUAUCAAUGACAAUGGACUCUCACAACCAUAGGUGUAGUUUAACUUCCUUAUUGGGGAGGGACAGCUCCAGUCAGGACAAUAGGAUUGCAUGUCAGGGGGGAAAUUCCAUGUCUGCCCAAGGCUUGCAGUUUGGCGGGGGGGGAGAAAGGACCCCCAUCUCCAAAUUAUGCCCAUGCUCAAAAGCCACACUUAUCAACAGCAAACUUUUUUUUCACUAGUGUUUUCCACAGUGAAAUUCAAUCCUUUAUUUUACCACAUUGCCAGCGCUAACUAAAUUAAUAAUAGCAAGAAUAUCACAGCUAACGGACAAACUACUACACUAUAUAGAAUAAUAUAACUGUGAAUUGCAAGCUUACCAGACAUCAGCUUGGAUACUUAAUGGCAUCAGGCAAUCCCAGUCGUAUCAAGUAAGCAAGUGCUGCAAACCAUUGAAUCUUUGGUUUUUGUUGUGCUGAGUUACAAAACUCUGGAAGCUUUGAAGGAUGUUGGUGCAAGUUUAAGCAGCUCUUCUUCCCCCCCCCCCCCCACACACACACAUGCACCCACCCUGUGAAGUCUGAGGGACUAACUAAUUCUGCAACAGACAUCUCUCAGCCCAGAUAGUUCACCCCCGUGACCUGCACUCCUGGUUGCCAAGGGCUUUGCAACGUGAAGCAGGGAAAUAAGGAUCAGUCUGUUUAGUGGAUACUAUGUAUCCUUUAAUAGACAAGGUAACAUUUCGUGUUAGUUUAGAAUAUUGUUUUGUACUGUACUUUCUUGAAUGGCAAACGAAAGACAAGUAAAACUUAAAAAAAAAAGGGUAUGUUCUUUAAAUUCUGUAUUUAGCAACCUCUGUUGUAUAUAGUGUUUGAUAAUAAAGUAUUAAUUUGAUUCUUAUGUCUUUUGUAAGUGAGAACAAUAGACUUUCAGGAUAUUAAAAACAUGCAUUGAUUAUAAGACAGAGCUUUGAAGCAUCAAGUGUAAUCAUGGCUGAGAACUGAGUUAUAAGGGGCCAUGACACUGCAUCAUACAGGACUCAUCUGUGAAAACUGUUCACCUGAUCUCAAGAUUUCACAAUGUCAAGACCUGGAACAACAUGACUUUUGAUGAUCAAUGUUUUGUCCUCAGUGUUUAAAGGUCUGAUGUUACAGUGUGUGGUUUUUUGUGUUGGUUUUUUAUUUUGUUUUGGGGUUUUUUAACAUGUUGGUUUCUAAAAGGCUUUGGGGAUUGAACAAUUCUUCUAUUCCUUUGUUUUCUUUAUCCUUUGUUUUCUGUUUUCCUUCUGUCUUUUCCUUCCCCUCCCUUCAUGGAUAGUUUUUUUUUCCCCAGAAGGGAUCUUGCCAGUAUCAUGUGUGACAUGUGCAUGGACUUGAUUCCAAAACAACACGCAACAGACUUGGGAGGGUGAAACGUGGAUUAUUUCCUUUCCUGUAUAUUUGUGGAAGGAAAGGGAUUGUAUUUGUAUUUGUUGAUUUUUCCUAGAAACUGAACUUUAUCUGUUGCCUCAUGAGAGCAAUUGUUCUUUCAGUUUCAGAAAAUCAGAAAAUAACUUAAUUUUUCCCCUCCAUUCAUCCAUCCACUCAGAUUUGUGCUCACCAGUUUUACUUUACAACUCUUCACUUUACUCCCCUCCCCCUUCACUCCCCCUCCCUCAUUCUUUAAUUUGGAACAGUGAAUGGGCAGAUCUGUUUCUGGUUUGGCAUCACUGAGUUUUUUCCCAUGCAUUCGCCCCUGAGCUUCUCGGAUGUGAGACAAAUCUCCCUACAAUAGGCUUGCUGCCAUUGUCUGUACAGUUUAAUAGAUGCUGGCAUGUUGGAGGUUACCCAUGAGUCUGCAAAAUCCGCUUUCCAUGCUUACUCUUGACACCCCAUUGAAGCCACUCAUUGUGUGUGCAUCUGGGUAUGAAAGUCCAGCUCAGUGUGGUCCUGUGCUUGUACUGCCCUGCUUUGCAGUUUCUUUGCACUUAUUCAUUGAGUGCUGUUUUUGAAAUGCUUACAUUAUAUGAACUUAAAAGAAAAUGUUAAAAAAACAACCCAUAAGAUCUGUAUUUGUAUAUACACGUGUCAGUACAAUUAUACCUAAAUAAAAAUUAAAGAUUUUCAUCAUUUUAA